AAGCCCUGCCCCCGCCGGUCCCGCCACCGGUGCCGUCGGUGCCGCCGCCGCCGCCGAUAUGGCGCGCACCGCCCCUGUGGAGCCCCCGCUGCGGCAUUCCGCGCCCCCCUCGCCGGCCGCGGGCGAGCCCCGCACCUCAGUGGAGGCUGCGGUGGCCCCGCGGAGGGUUCUCUUCGCCGACGAGGCCCUGGGGCUGCCGCUGGCGCAGCUGCGCUGCUACCGGCCGUGGGGCGGGCCCGGGGCGGGCAAGAUGGCGGCGGUGGCCGGGCAAGAUGGCGAUGGCGGCGGGGCGGAUGAGGACGACGAUGGCGAGGAUGGGGAUGAAGGGGAGGAGGAAGAGGAGGCUAGCCCCGAUCCUUUGCCGCUGUGUCCCGUGCCCGCUGGAGGGGGGUUUUAUUUGGUGCCCACCUUUUCGCUGCCGCCUGCUCCGGGCCGUCUGGAGCGCUUGGGGCGCGUCAUGGUGGAGCUGGAGGCGCUGCUGCCGCCUCCCGGAGCGGUCCCCGGGGGUGCCGGGAUGUGGGUGCCUGGGGGACGCCCACCGGUGCUGCGCGGGUUGGUGCGCGUGCUGAACCGCUCCUUCGAGAAGGCGGUGCACGUGCGGGCCUCGCACGACGGCUGGGCUUCCUUCUGCGACCACCCAGCGCGCUAUGUCCCGCGCAGCCCCCCCGGGGCAGGAGCGGGAGGACCUGGAGCAGGAGAUCUCAUCCUGGAUCCGGGCCUCGGGCUGGUCACCGACCAAGCCUCCGCCUCCUUGCCCGACGACGACGGCGGCCGCACCGACCGCUUUGCCUUCCAGCUGCCCUUUGCUGAGGGCGCGGGCGAUGGGGCACGCCUGGACUUCGUGGUGCGCUAUGAGACCCCCGAGGGCACUUUCUGGGCCAACAACCACGGCCGCAACUACACAGUCCUGCUCCGGAUCGCACCCGCUCCCACACCCACUGAUGCCGAAGGGCUGUCCCAGCAGCAGCAGCUGCAGCAGCUGGAGCCACAGCCCGAGUGCCAGGGUCCAGUGGAGGCUGAGGCAAGGCAGCUGAAGAGCUGCAUGAAGCCAGUGAGGCGCAGGCCUCACGAGGAAGAACAGAGGAUGAGGAGUGAGGAAGAUAAUCUCCCUUCUGCAGCAGUGUGUCCCGAAGUUCAGGAGUCAGUAGGUCCCUUGGUGGCCCCAACUCCUCUCCGUCCAUGGCCCCAGAUGACACUUCAGGUGUCUGAAGUCACCGUGACUGGCAAGCCCCCUGAGGAUGGUGCCAUUCCCAGAAGUGGUCUGCCUGUGGCGUUCACAGAGUUCCCCCAGGCCCCGGUCAUCAGGAUUCUGCCCUCGUCUCUCUAUGGCCUGGGUGGCUCCCCCAGGGACCAGGCCUCAGGGCCCGAUGUAAGCGAGGGGGGGGCUGGGCCUCUCCUGGAACCCAGCCUGCAACAGGUGGCAGCUGCGUGGGAAGGAGCCAGCGAGAAUGGAGGGGGACAAAAGGACCCCACAGCGGGCCCCAUAGCCAACAAGCCGCCUGCGUGCCUGGAGGUCCUGAGUGGGCUGGAGGAGCUGCUUGGUGAAGACACCAUUGACCAGGAGCUGGAACAGCUCUACCUGUCCCACCUGAGCCGCCUGCGGGCUGCCGUGGCUGCAGGUGGGGCUGGGGGUGGUGGGGAGGGCCCCCCAGAUGGAGGGCUGUCCCCCAGCCAUCCCCUGGGCAUUCUCACGGACCGUGACCUAAUCUUGAAGUGGCCUGGCCCUGAGCGGGCCCUGAACAGCGCCCUGGCCGAGGAAAUCACGCUGCAUUAUGCCCGUCUGGGGCGUGGCGUGGAGCUCAUCAAGGACACGGAGGACCCUGACGAGGAUGGGGAAGGGGAUGAGGGGCUCUCCACGGUACCCUCCAGCCCAGAAGGGGAUACCCCCAAGGAAUCGCCGCCAGAAAUCCUCUCGGGGGCACAUCCCGUGAUGGCCACUAUGGGAGAUGUGUGGCUCCCGUGGGCCGAAGCCUCAGGGUGUGACAGUCCCAUGGUUCUGGGUCCAGAGGGUCAGUUCACUGGGGCUCCAGAGAGGGGGUUGGACAAGGACACUGUCUCUUUGCGCAUGCCUAGGAUGAUAGGUGAGGUGACCUCUGAGGGUGCUGGGACAGAAGCCCAGAUGGUGUUCUCCACUGAGUGGGCAGAUAGUGUGGGUCCCCUGUCUAGCCAGGAACCAGCCAUUCCUGUUCCCUGGGGGCAGGACCUCACCCUCCGUGGUCCCUUGGCGGUUGAAGCAUGUCCUAGCUUGACUAGGCCCUGUGGGAGCUCCCAGGAUGAAGGUGGCUCAGGCCCAAGCUUUGAACCCCUAAACAGGUCCCCCACCCCAGUACCCUCUGCAGAAUGUGUAUGUGUCUUACCUCCCCAGCUCCGGGGGCCCUUGACCCAGACUCUGGGUGUGUUGGCUGGGCUGGUGGUGGUCCCCAUGGCUCUGAAUAGUGGUAUGUCCCUCCUGGUGCUUGCACUGUGCCUCUCUCUGGCCUGGUUCUCGUAGGGGGUGCUUGUGGGAUCAGCAAUAACUGGCUCCCCUUCCCCCCUUCCCUCUCUGGGAUCCGGGGAGGGGCAGCCCCUGCAACCCCCCCUCCCCCCCCCGCAGAGGGAUCUGAUGGCCUGUACAGUGAGGCACCCAUGGUCCUUUGCUUCUGAGAAUGCUCAGCUGGAGAGAGGCCUUCUUGUCGCUGCUCCUGUCAGCACAGGGCUGCCUGCCUGUGGGGACAGCAGUGGAGAGGGACAGAGCGUGGGUGGACGGUGAGUGAGAAGAGCCUCCAAGAUGGAACUGGGCAUGCCCUCCUACCCCCCCCCCCAAGCCUGUAUUUAUUUUUGUAUAAUUCUCUGGAUGAGGGAGAGUGGUCAUGAGCUGGUCUUGGGGCACAAUUACCCAGAGAUAUAUUUAUUAACAGCCAACCUGUGCAAAACCUGCUGGAGCUUUAUUUUUAAUUUAAUUUAUAUAGAGUACCUAUUAUUAUAUGCCACAAUAGAGCUCUAUGAGAAAUGAA